AUACAAACUAAAAGUUGCUUAAAAAUAAUAGCAUAUCGAGUAAAUUGUUUUAAAUAAAGUAUAAAUAUCAGGACACAAUAAAUCUAUCUUUAUACACGAGCGAUAAAUGUGUUUUUUUGAAAAUCACAUUAAAACAAAAAACAGCUUGUUAUUAAAAAAAAAAUUAAAAUUUUUUUCAGCUUUAAAAUCAAAAACCCACAAUUCACCCACUCUUAAUGUAAACUUCUAAAAACAAAAUCAGUUAAGUUUGGCGGAAUGGCGGUAAAUUACGAAUAAUCAAUUUCGAAAAAUCCGUUCGCCCCGAUUUGAACAAAAAAAAAAAAUAAUUGACCGAAAUGCGAACCGAUUCGAAAAAUUGUUAAUAAUCCUCCAGUAUUCGUACAGAUUGCCCUGAGCUGUCUGGAGGACCUUCGACGUUGUUAUUGCAGGACGAGGAAUGUUAGAUUUUCCAAGUGAGGAAGAUCCGCUUCCAGUCUCUAACUCAGAGCAAGGACACUACAAGUCCGCUGCCGUUGUCACCAACACAGAACCAUGCUCUGCUAUUGGAAGGGACAUACUAUCAAAGGGAGGAUCAGCUGUGGAUGCUGCAAUCGCUUCCCUGCUUUGCGAAGGGCUUUGUGGAAUGCAGAACAUGGGAAUUGGAGGCGGUAUGUUCAUGACAAUUUACAUCAGAGAGACUGGAGAGGCCAUAACACUCGAUGCUAGGGAGAGCGCACCAAUCGCCAGUGUUAAAGACAUGUACAAAGGAAAGCCGACACUUUCAGCAGUUGGUCCACUGGCUGUCGCAGUGCCUGGCGAGCUCAUGGGCUACUGGGAGGCACACAAACGUUUUGGCAAGUUACCGUGGAAAGAUCUCUUCGCUCCAGCUAUAUCAAUGUGUCUGAAUGGAAUCCCUGUAAAUCAUAGGCUUGGAGUUUCAUUUUCAAGUACUGGGAUGGAACAAGAAAUACUCGAAAGCCCAUCGUUAAGGGAAAUCCUUGCACCUAAUGGAUCAUUACCUAAAAGUGGAGAUUUGUUGAGGAUGCCAACUCUUGCCCAAACCCUUACUACUAUCGCCAAUGAUCCAAACGGUCCCUGGGCUCUCUACAAUGGAGUGCUGACCGAUGCAUUCAUCCACGACAUCCAAAAACAGGGCGGGAUAAUAACAAAACAAGACUUAUGGGAAUACAGAGCGAAAUGGGCAUCACCCAUCACUCAAAAGCUUGCUGGCGGAUACACCCUCCACACUUUACCUCCUCCUGGCUGUGGGGCCGUACUCGCUUUCAUCCUUUCGGUGCUUGAUGGACAGCUAAAGAUUAAUCCAAGGCCAAACGCUCAUAAUUAUAUGAAAAUAGCUGAGGCGUUCAAGUACGGAUAUGCAUUAAGGACAGGCUUGGGCGACCCGGAAUUUACAAAUGUGUCUGAGGCUAUUUCAAAACUGAAUGACAAACAUUUUCGGACUUUCAUUAAAAAGAAGAUAGAAAACACCCAAAAUACUAGUUCAAGUAUUGAUAUUUAUGGGGCGGACUAUUAUUUAAAAGAUGAUCAUGGAACUAUUAACAUCGUUGUACUGGCUCCGAAUGGUGAUGCUGUUGCAGCAACUAGCACAAUAAAUACAUUGUUUGGAUCACUAAUUGGUUCACCGAGUACAGGUAUAAUACUUAACAAUGAAAUGGAUGAUUUCUCAGCCCCAAACAUUGUCAACUCUUUUGGCGUAACUCCAUCUCCUGCAAACUUCAUCAAGGCUAAGAAGCGACCUUUAAGUUCAGCUUGCCCUUCUAUAGUACUAAACUCAGAAGGAGACGUGCGGAUAGUGGUUGGGGCAGCCGGUGGCACGCACAUCAUAUCGUCAACUGCACAGGUAAUAAUAAACAACCUUUGGUUAAGUCUUAGCAUAAAACAGGCGGUCGACAUGCCAAGGAUUCAUCACCAGCUACUACCGAUGAUCCUCAAAUACGAAUGUGGUAUACCAAAGUGUGUGGUGGAUGAAUUGACUAACCGCAAGCACAAAAUGAAAAAACAAUCACCUCAUUCUUCAGUAACGGCGAUUGCUCAAAGUCAUGGGGAAGUAACAGCAAUUUAUGAUUUUCGGAGGGGUGGAAGCACUGCUGGUUUUUGAUAAUAGAAUACUCAAAAUAU